UGGACUAAAAUAUUAGAAAGAGUUAAGCAAAGGAUCGAACAAAAGCUGCUAAAAUACUGGGGCUUUGAGUUGGGUGAUCGAGCAUCCGUUAUAUUCUUAAUAAAUUUGACUCCCUAAAGUUUUUUUUAAUCCUGAGAAAGAAAAAAAAAAAAACCGAAUAUGUUCGAAACGCAAGAAGAAAUAAAUGCUUAAAAAGGUUCAUCAGACAUAGAGCUCAGAACCAUCUCCCCUUUUACAGGGAGAUGUUAAGUUUUGGCUUGUGUAAUGAAAUGGGGUUUUGAAAUAUAAGGUGGGCUUGUUAGAACUUAAAAUUUGUGUUUGUGUUGUGUAUUUGUCUGGGUUUAAGAUGGAAGGGAAAAAAUUAAUUCAAAAUUCAAAACCUUCUUGUGUAUAGAUAUGAAUUUUUGAAUUAUAAAGUGGGUUGGUAUUUGUUUUGUGUUAUUCUGAGGUUUUGUGAUGGAAGGAGGGUCAGAUUACAACACAAUUCCUCAAGGUCCUAUUGAUAAAACAAAAGUAUUAGAUGUAAAACCACUUCGUAUGUUGUAUCCUAUGUUACCUUCAAAGCCUGAAGGACCUGCCUUUGUUUGUGCACCUCCUGAUGGGCCUUUUCCAGCUGGAUUUUCUCCAUUUUACCCGUUUAUUGCACCUCAAAAUGUGCCUAAUGCAAGCCAAAAUAACCACUCUAACCAAGCACAGACGCCUGCAUCAUUUGCGUCUCCCAUUAGGUCAUUUAGACCACCAGAAAUUAAUUUUUCUGAUGUGUCUAACGGGGAUGUGGGGUCUUCUGUUGGGAAAAACAAACAUGGCAAGGUUCCUAAUUCGGUGGGGUCUGGUGCUGGACAAAAGAAGGCUAGAAGGAGAGGUGUCCGACAUUUAGUGGCAUCUAGCAGUGAGGAUUUUGUCGUUGGACUAAGUUCAUAUGAGCAAGAUGAGGGAAAUAGGCAAGUUGUCAAUAGUGUGUUGACUAGAUUUGAUGCACUUAGGAGAAGACUUAGCCAGAUUGAGGAUGCAAAAGAGUCUCCUACAGGGAUUAUAAGGCGUGCUGAUUUGAAAGCGGGUAAUAUAUUAUUGACAAAAGGUGUACGUACUAAUACGAGGAAGAGGGUUGGAGCUGUUUCAGGGGUGGAAGUUGGUGAUAUUUUCUUCUUCCGCAUGGAGUUGUGUGUGGUUGGUUUGCAUUCUCAGUCCAUGGCUGGGAUUGAUUAUAUGAUCUCGAGGGGUGAUUUAGAGGAAGCGCCGGUUGCAUUGAGCAUUGUAUCAUCUGGAGGGUAUGAUGAUGAUGCUGAGGAUAGUGAUAUUCUGGUAUAUACUGGGCAAGGUGGAAAUGCCAAUAAGAAGGAUAAGCAAUCAUCUGAUCAGAAGCUUGAAAGGGGUAAUCUUGCUUUAGAGAGGAGCUUUCGUCGGGGUAAUGAAAUAAGAGUUAUUCGGGGCAUGAAAGAUGGUGCUAGUCUCAACACAAAAGUUUAUGUAUAUGAUGGACUUUAUAGGAUUCAAGAAUCUUGGAUGGAAAAGGGGAAAUCAGGUUGCAACAUGUUUAAAUAUAAAUUAGUGAGAAUGCCUGGGCAGCCUGGUGCGUUUUCUGUUUGGAAAUUGAUUCAAAAGUGGAAGGACAAUUUGUCAUCGAGGGUCAGACUUAUUAUUCCAGAUCUUACUUCUGGGGCUGAGAGCAUUCCUGUAUCACUUGUAAAUGAUGUUGAUGAUGAGAAAGGGCCUGCUUAUUUCACUUAUUUCCCUAGAGUUAAGAAUACAAAAUCAUUUAGAUUAACUCAGCCUUCUUUUGGAUGCAACUGUCAUAGUGCAUGCCUGCCAGGCAAUCCAAAUUGCUCAUGCAUGCAGAAAAACGGGGGUAAUUUGCCAUAUACUGCAAAUGGUGUCCUAGUAAGCCGGAAGCCAAUGAUAUAUGAAUGCGGUCCCUCCUGUCCAUGUACUCCUAAUUGCAAAAACAGAGUGUCACAAACUGGUCUUAGGUUUCAUUUGGAAGUGUUUAAAACAAAAGAUAAGGGCUGGGCUUUGCGUUCAUGGGAUCCUGUUCGUGCUGGUUCUUUCAUUUGUGAAUAUGCAGGUGAAGUUGUAGACAAAGUUAAGUCAAGACAGGAUGGUGAGGAAGUGGAAAAUGAUGAUUAUGUUUUUGAUACCACUCGCGUUUAUGACUCAUUCAAGUGGAAUUAUGAACCUGGUUUAAUAGUUGAAGAUGAUUCUAAUCACACUACUGAGGAAUACAAUAUUCCAUUUCCCCUAAUCAUAAGUUCCAAGAAUGCUGGAAAUGUUGCCCGUUUUAUGAAUCACAGUUGCUCUCCAAAUGUCUUCUGGCAACCAGUUAUGUUUGAACAAAACAAUGAAACCUUUCUCCAUAUUGCAUUUUUUGCAAUGAGGCACAUUCCCCCCAUGACAGAGUUAACAUAUGAUUAUGGGAUUGCUUGUUCAGAUGAAGGUAAUAGUGAUACUGACCGGAAAAGGAAAUGCUUAUGUGGAUCACCAAGAUGUCGGGGCUAUUUUGGUUGAUGUUAAAUGUUUGUUCAUCUGUGGAGAGGAAUGGAUGGCAACCAUGACCUCAACUAAAAGGUUGUCGUAACAUAACUUUUUCCUAUAUAGUCUUGGUGUGACUGGAUGCAUUGGGUCACAGUCUGCCUCCUUAACCCUGCCAAGUUGAGAUCCACACUAGGUGGUCCUGGUACAUGUUGCUUGGAUAUGUCAUUGGGAACUUACAAAGAACAAAGAAAUGUUCUGGAAGUAUUUUCAGACCGGUGUGUAGAGGGAAUCAAAUAGAUGGAUUCUUUCCCACAUUUUAUCUCCAAAAAUUAUCUUUUAUCUUUCUUGCUAAAUCAUUAGAAGAGAGGGGCCAAGACUGCAUGCUUACUCCAUAGGGAUGUAGCUGUGUCCUAAGCAAGGGCUUCCAGAAACUGUGCAAGUUUUCAACUGUGGGUAAACGAGCACACAUUUUCUAUUGCUGCUAGCUUAGUCAGGUAGUUCGCAUUUAGCUGUCAGUAGCUCCUUUUGUUAAAUGGAUAUUGUUAGUGAUUCAAACUUCUUAGGUUGCUUAGUAGCUAACUUUUUUAUGCCUGUAAGGGUUUUCUGAUAGCAGUUCUCAUAACUGUGAUUUAUAAUUGUUGAAUGUUUAUUAAUUGUGUAACAGUAUCUUCUUGUGAAUUGAAAUGUUUAUUCUGCA